AUGACGCUCUUGGCUUCAUCGGAGCUAAGCGCACGUGUCUCCUACACACGACAACCGCCACUCCCCCCAGUGCACCAAUUCCCCUCACUGCAGUUUCUCUCUCUCCUCUACGCUCCCUCCAACUACCUCUCCAUUCGCCGCUGCUCCUCCCUCACCUCUCUCACCCUCGGGAACCCCAAAUCUUCCACGCUUUCCUCCCUCGCCUUCUCCUCCCCCUCCCUUGUCUCCUCUUCCUCGUCCUCCUCCUCCUCCUCCUCCCCUCUGGCGUCCUUCCCCCCAUCCUCUCUCCGCACGUCUCUCACGUCCCUCACGAUCCACUCUCCCAAGCUUCAGGGCUCCCUCGCUUCCCUUGCCUUCGUCCCCUCCCUCUCGUCCCUCUCCCUCCACUCCUGCACUGUCGACCCCUAUGAGCUGUCCUCCCUCUCACACUCCCUCCACUCCCUCACCCACCUCAUAGUCCACUCCUGCCCGCUCGUCUCUUCCCGCUCCCUCAUCCCCAUCCUCCAAGCCAACCCUGCUCUCACCUCCCUUUCCCUCCAUGGAACAACCUACCGUCUCUUUGCCUGCACUGCCCUGCGGUUGCUCAGUGUGGAAGGGAUUGGUGAAUCCUCCUGCUCCGUUUCUUGGAGAGGCGUAUCAUUGGACGGCAUUGCGGGAAUGCUCGUGUGGGUGGAACAAACAGGAGGAAGGACAGGGGGGGAGGCAGGAGGGGACGGAGGAGGGGAAGCAGGAGGGGAGGCAGGAGGGGACGGAGGAUUGGAAGGAGGAGCGGAUGCGUGGGAGAGAGGACGAGGUAGUGCUCCUGCAGCAGCUGCAGAAGCGGCAGUAUUACCAAAGGGGAGCAACAAGCAGUGCGGAAAGUAUGUGGAUAUUCGCACAGAGGCAGAGGCAGCACAGGCGGACAAGCUGGUAGCAGUGGGUGAGGUUCCCGAUUUCAUCGGGACUGCUGCGCAAACCAGUAGAGCCGCCUUGUCCGAGGUCACUGAGGUGGCGCGAGCAGGGGGCGAGAGUGCUGUGGCUCGGAUUAUUGCCAGCUUCGGGAAGAUCAGGUUCUGGAUCUCGGUGUGCCGGUCCUGCUCUGACAUCCGCGAGUACAAUGCGGUUAUGGAUUGGGAGGAAAAGCUGAUGAGGUCAGCUGGUGCUGUUGCCGGCCGGGCAACAGGGUACUUUGCCACGGAGGUGAAUGGUGGAGAAGAGGUCAGGGAUGGGGAGGAGGAACAAGGAUUUGAAAUAAUGGACAGCACACCGGCUGAUGAAGCCUUGCCUGAGAGGGUGCUGGGUGGGGAGCGGUCUGGUGCGGUGGAGACACAUGUAGAGGCUAUGCGGAGGCUGGACGCGCUGGUAGAUAUGCUGCAGAAGGCAGCGUGUGGCCUGUGUGAUAGCUCCCGGACCAUGCGCAAACCUCCUGGUCUUACAGCUGCUUCUGUGCGGUCAGGGGCUGUUGCGGCGGCAGUAGCAGAUGGAAGAGCAGCUUUGCAUGGAGUGGAAGGAGGGGCAGCAGAAGCAGCAGAUGGAAGAGUAGCAGUGAACAGAGUGGGAGGAGGGGCGGCAGAAGCAGCAGAUGGAGGAGUAGUAGUGAUCAGAGUGGGAGGAGGGGCAGCAGAAGCAGCAGAUGGAAGAGUAGCAGUGAACAAAGUGGGAGGAGGGGCGGCAGAAGGAUUGCAGCAGGCGGAAAGCGCACUAGAAGAUGGAGGGCCAUCCGGGCCGGCAGCAGGGGAGGCGGCAGCAGGGGAGGCAGCAGCAGGGGAGGCAGCAGCAGGGGAGGCAGAAGCAGGGGAGGCGGCAGCAGGAAAUGCGGCAGCAGAGUUCCCACGCAUUCGGCCAAUGUCCUUCCAGUCCAUUGCUCGAGCGGCUGUUUUUGGACAGCUCAAGCGGCUUGCGCUGUUGUUCUGCUCGGGGUUAGAGGAGGAGUGGCUUGAAUUGCUUGCGGCAUGUGUUCAGCUGGAGCUGGAGGAGUUUACGGUGCAACAUAGUGACAAGUUUUCAGAUGCAGUGGUGGUGGGAAGCAGACUGGGAACGCUCACUAGCUUGACGGUGGUCAUGUGUGAUAAGGUCAUGGCAGCAGGCAUUGGAGGUGUGCUUAGGAGCUUCCCUAGAUUGCGGUACUUGAAGGUGGAAGUCGGCAAGGUCUCGGAAAGGGUUCGGAGAGAGUUGAUUCGUGCUGGUGUGAUUGUGAGGGGUGUUCGAUGUAUCUGA